GUCCGCGCACUAGGCGGCGCUGCGGCGGCCGCAGCUUCUCCCCGCGUUGCCGCGGGCUGGAGCUGUUGGGCUGGCUGCUGGGGCUCGUGGCCAUGGAGUGGGGCUCGGAGUCCGCGGCCGUGAGGCGGCACCGCGUCGGAGGGGAGCGCCGGGAUGGCCCAUCGGCGGGGGCGCCGCCGGGGAGGCAGGCCCCGGAGCAGGAGCCCUUGGUGGACGCGUGCGGCGGCGGCGCGGGGACGCGGAAGCGGAGCGCGGCGGGGAGCCGCGCCGCCAGGACCGGAUUGUCCGAGGCGCGCGCCGCGCUGGGACUAGCGUUCUACCUGCUCGCGCUGCGGGCGCUCGUGCAGCUCUCGCUGCAGCAGCUUGUGCUGCGCGGCGCCGCCGAGGACCACGCGGAGUUCGACGCGCGUCAGGCCAGAGAUUAUCUUGAACAUAUAACAUCCAUUGGUCCCAGGACUACCGGAAGUCCAGAAAAUGAAAUUCUGACGGUGCAUUACCUUUUGGAACAGAUUAAACUGAUUGAAGUUCAAAGCAACAGCCUUCACAAGAUUUCAGUAAAUGUACAGCGGCCCACAGGCUCCUUUAGCAUUGACUUCUUGGGAGGCUUUACGAGCUACUAUGACAACAUCACCAAUGUCGUGGUGAAGCUGGAACCCAGAGGAGGGGCCCGGCAUGCUGUUCUGGCUAAUUGUCAUUUUGACUCAGUUGCCAACUCACCAGGAGCCAGUGAUGAUGCAGUCAGCUGUUCAGUGAUGCUGGAAGUCCUCCGUGUCUUGUCAACAUCUUCAGAAGUCUUACAUCAUGCUGUCAUAUUUCUCUUUAACGGUGCUGAAGAAAAUGUCUUGCAAGCCAGUCAUGGUUUCAUUACUCAGCACCCCUGGGCCAGCUUGAUUCGUGCAUUUAUUAACCUGGAGGCAGCAGGUGUAGGAGGGAAAGAACUUGUGUUCCAAACAGGUCCUGAAAAUCCUUGGUUGGUCCAAGCUUAUGUUUCAGCAGCUAAACACCCUUUUGCUUCUGUGGUGGCUCAGGAGGUUUUUCAGAGUGGAAUCAUUCCCUCAGAUACCGACUUCCGUAUCUAUAGGGAUUUUGGGAACAUUCCAGGAAUAGACUUAGCUUUUAUUGAGAACGGAUACAUUUAUCACACCAAGUAUGACACAGCAGACAGAAUUCUCACAGAUUCCAUUCAGAGAGCAGGUGACAACAUUUUAGCAGUUCUUAAAUAUUUGGCAACAUCUGAUAUAUUGACUGCUGCUGCUGACUAUCGACAUGGAAACAUGGUCUUCUUUGAUGUGCUCGGCCUGUUCGUCAUCGCCUACCCAUCUCGUGUUGGCUCGAUAAUUAACUGCAUGGUGGUAAUGGCUGUUGUUUUGUACCUGGGCAAAAAAUUGUUGCAGCCCAAACAUAAAACUGCUAAUUACACAAAGGACUUCUUCUGUGGACUUGGCAUCACUCUGAUAAGCUGGUUCACUAGCCUGGUUACCGUUCUCAUUAUAGCAGUGUUCAUUUCUCUCAUUGGACAGUCUCUGUCAUGGUACAACCACUUCUAUGUCUCCGUUUGUUUAUAUGGAACUGCAGCUGUAGCCAAAAUAAUAUUUAUUCAUACCCUCGCAAAAAAACUUUAUUAUGUGAAUGCCAGUGACCAGUAUCUGGGAGACAUAUUUUUUGACAUCUCGCUGUGUGUGCAUUGUGGUUUCCUUACAGCUCUCACUUACCGAGGACUUUGCUCAGCAUUUAUUAGUGCUGUUUGGGUGGCAUUUCCAUUGCUCACAAAGCUUUGCGUGCACAAGGACUUUAAGCAGCAUGGUGCCCGAGGAAAAUUUGUUGCCUUUUACCUUUUGGGGAUGUUUAUUCCUUACCUAUAUGCAUUUUACCUCAUCUGGGCCGUAUUUGAGAUGUUUACCCCUAUCCUUGGGAGGAGUGGUUCGGAAAUUCCACCGGAUGUUGUGCUGGCUUCCAUUUUGGCUGGUUGUACCAUGAUUCUCUCUUCCUAUUUUAUUAACUUCAUUUACCUUGCCAAAAGCACCAAAAAAACCAUGUUAACUUUAACUUUGGUAUGUACGGUCACAUUCCUCCUCGUCUGCAGUGGGACUUUUUUCCCGUACAGCUCUAAUCCUGCCAGUCCGAAGCCAAAGAGGGUGUUUCUUCAGCAUGUGACUAGAACAUUUCAUGACUUGGAUGGAAAUGUAGUUAAACGGGACUCUGGAAUAUGGAUCAAUGGGUUUGAUUAUACCGGAAUAUCUCACAUAACACCUCACAUUCCUGAGAUCAACGAUACGAUCCGAGCUCACUGUGAGGAGGAUGCACCCCUCUGCGGCUUCCCUUGGUAUCUUCCAGUGCACUUUCUCAUCAGGAAAAACUGGUAUCUUCCUGCCCCAGAAGUUUCUCCAAGAGAUCCUGCUCAUUUCAGACUUGUAUCCAAAGAACAGACACCCUGGGAUUCUAUAAAGCUGACCUUUGAGGCAACAGGACCAAGCCAUAUGUCAUUCUAUGUUCGAACCCACAAAGGGUCAACACUUUCUCAGUGGUCUUUUGGCAACGGCACCCCUGUCACAAGUAAAGGAGGGGACUACUUUGUAUUUUACUCGCAUGGACUCCAGGCCUCUGCAUGGCAGUUCUGGAUAGAAGUACAGGUGUUGGAAGAACAACCUGAAAGAAUGGUCACCGUGGCCAUUGCUGCCCACUAUUUUUCUGGGGAAGACAAGAGAUCCUCCCGGCUGGAUACCCUGAAAGAGAAGUUCCCAGAUUGGACAUUUCCCUCUGCCUGGGUAAUGAAACUGUGCAUCUAAACUUCACAGAAAUUCAUGACCUACUUGGUAAAUAUUGAGCUUCAGUGUAUUUAGUAGUCUUAAUCUUCUCCACUGGAGGUCACCGAAGUGCUAGUGAAGAAGGAUGUUCUUUCACUGGGGAAUAGGAGGACAGGAAGAAGAAAUUCUUUGAGCCAGAGUGACCUCCACAGAAGGGCACUGCCACUCUCAGAGCAUGCAACUGAGCAUUGCAUGACCUCUGUGCAAGCUGUUUUGCUUUCUGAGUGAAUUCCCUUCAAACAGUUCAGUACAAAGGUAAAGCAGCUGAACAACUUCUAUUCCUAAUACACUUUUGCCUUAAGAGCCAAAGCCAAAUUUAUGCCCCUGAAUGUGUUUUUUAUACUACUUGAUGCUACUGUCUUACUUGAUUUCUAAGACUAUAACAUGAUAGUGCUUUUCUCUUAAGUAAGUUUGGCCCUUGCAGUGACAAAGUGGGAUCUAUCCCAGGAAUGCAACAUUGGUUAAACAUCUGAAAAAUCAAUGUAAUACACCAUGUUAAUUAAUGACCAUAUGAAGCCAAAAAAAUUUUUGACAAAGGCUGACACUUUUUCAUGAUAAAAGCACUCAACAGAAGGGAACUGUCUCCACUUGACAAAGCUCAUCUAUGAAACAAAGAAGGCUUUCUAAGAUCAGAAAGACAACAAGAAUGUCCAUGGUUCACUCCAAUAGAGUAUAGUAUUUAACACUAUUAUUAGAAGCUCUAGCUGGAGCAGUUUGGCAAGAAACAUCCAGACUAGAAAGGCAGAGAAAAUAACCUCUAGGUGCAGAUGACAUGAUCCUCCACAUGAGAGAAUCCUAAGGAAUCCAUUAAAAAAACCUUAUUAGUUAAUAACAAAUGAGUAGAGCAAUAGUGUAGGAGCCAAUAUCAAUAUACAACAGUUACAUUUCUAGAUAGCCUAUUUGCCAUAGCAUUAAGAAAAAUACUUAGGAAGCUUAAUAAUAGUACAAGAUUAUGCACAUAACCAAAAAGACAUCCAGUGUUCAUAGAUUUGGAAGGCUUCAUAUUAAGAUGAAAAUACUCUCCCAAUUGAUCUACAGGUUGAAUGAACAUAACCCAUCAAAAUCCUGCUUCCUUGUGUGUGUGCACACACAGAUAAUGACAAGCUGAUACCUAAAAUUCAUAGGGAAACUCAAGAGACCCAGAAUAGCAUCAAAACAGUCUUGAAAAAGCAAAUGACUCACACUUUUAAAACUGCCUGUAAAGUAACAGUAAUCAACAUAGUGUGGUACUGGAAUUAAGAACAGGCAUAUAGAUCAAUGUAAUAUAAUUAACAGUCCAGAAAUAGACCUACACAUUUAUAGUCCAUGGAUUUUCAAAAUUCAGUGGGGAAAAAAAAUGUGCAGGGACAACUGACUGACUACCCACAUACAAAAAAACAAAGACCUUACAACUUCAUUAUAUACAAAAAUUAAAUCAAAAUGGAUCAAGGGCGUUAACAUAGGAGAUAAAAGCAUAUCUUAAUAUGGACAUAAAUCUUCGUAACUUGGAUUAGACGGUUUCUUAGAUCCAAAAGCAUAAGCAGCCAAUGAAAAGAUUGAAGCGUGAAAGUAUUUCAUUUGGGUAAAUACAAAGGACAGAAUCAUGAAAGUGAAAAGAUAAGCCUUUAGAAUGAUAAAGUAUUUGCAAGUCAUUUAUCUGAUUAAGGUCUAAUAUCCAGAAUAUAUAAAGGACUUCUGCAAACCAACAAAAAGACGAUCCAAUUGUGAAAUGGGCAAAGGAUGUAAAUAGGCAAUUUCUCCAAAGACACACAAAAGACAUUGGCUAUAGGGAAAUACAAAUCUAAACAUGAGAUACCACUUCAUAACUGCCUCAUAUGGCUAUAAUCCAAAAUAGCCAAUAACAAGUAUUGAUGGCAGAUACUGGAAGCUGUCUCCACUGCUAGCAGAAAUGUAAAAGAAACGGCACAGCACAGGCACUCUGGAAUAGUUAUUAGGGAUUUCCUCAAAAAAUUAACCAUUAUGACCUAGCACUGACAUUCUUAGAGAACUUAAGACAGAAGCUUUAAUGUGACUGUUCAUGGUAGCAUUGUUCAUGACAUUCAAAAAGUGGAAACCACCCAGAUGUUCCUUAACUGAUAAGUGGAUAAACAAAUGUAUAUAUCCAUAACAUUUCAGAAUAUCAUUCAGCCUUAUAAGGGAAUCAAGUACUGAUAAUAUGAAGCUGAACCUUGAAGAUUUCAUGCUAAGGCAAAGCAAGACGGAAACAGUUGUGCUGUACUAUGUGAUUCUACUUAUAUGAAGUAUCCAGAAUAGGCAAUUCCCCAGGGAACAAAAACAAAUUUAUGUCAAUAGGAAAAAGGAAAAAAUCUUUGUUGUUGUUGUUGUUGCCCUUUCAUCCUCCUUGGUAACCACCAGUCACUUUUCAGUGUCUAUGAGUCUGUUUUGUUCCUUCUGUUUUGCUUUUACAUUCCACAAAUAAGUGAAAUCAUAUGAUAUUUAUCUUUCUCUGGCUUAUUUAUUUCACUGGGCAUACUACUGUCUAGAUCCAUCCAUGUUGUUGCAAAUGGCAGGCCUUUUUAUUUUUUUUGGCUGAAUAAUAUUCCAUUGUGUAUACGGACCACAUCUUCUUUAUCCAUUCAUCUGUUGAUGGACACUUAGGUUGCUUUCAUCAAAAUCAUUUUUAAGUCCACCUAUUUUGAUGGUUAAGUCUCCUCUAUAGUUACACACACAGUUUUGUUGAUGAAAAUCAAAUAGGACAUAAUUUUUAUAUUUUGAAUAUUUUCCAAGUCAUUAUCAUGGAUUGUCUCUUCCAGUCUUCUCUUCUCCAGCAGCUAGGAUGCUGCCAACUCUUGAUGCCCCUAUUCUAAAUAAUUCUGCAUAUAAAUUUUAAAUCUGUAUGGGUUCCAGCUAUUUCAUAAGGAAAAUUCUAAGAGGCAGAAUUAUCUAAUGAAAAGAAUUUCUUUGGUUGUUAGUACAUAUACUUCUUGCUGUUAACCUGAGACGAUGAAUAAACAAAAGUUCAGGUAAUGGUUUUAUUACCUUUUACCAAGUAAAAAAAUCCAGAAAAUGUAUAUUACAGACAUAGCAGCAACUUUUUAAUUACAAGCAAAGAUGGACUCUACCUCCAAAUGACUUCUUGUUUUGGUAUCAGCAAGUAAUUUAAACUUAAAAAUAGUCAUACUGAAUACUUAAAUUCAUUGGCUAAAAUUAUGGCUUAAACAGUUGAUAUGUGAACCAAACAAGGCUAAAUAAAAUACGAAUUUUUAAAUGUAUAUACAAAUUACCACAGAGAAUUUUCUGUAAACCUACCAAUUUUUUUUAUCUUGGGCACCAUUUCCAUUAGUUGAAAGACAAGUAUUUUUUGGGAGAAAAGAUUCAUUCGUGGUAUUAACCACAGGAAUACAGUCAACUUCUUGGUGACCUGCUUUUAAGAAUGCAAGAUGAACCCAGCAGAAUGUCAGGAUAUUUGAAAAGAUCACAGCUGUUUAUGGUGGUAAAUAUUUUAUUGACUGAAUAUUCACACCAAACACAAAAAUAAUGCUAGUAGUUCUCCCCCUGGACUAGGACAGGAGAAGAAAUGUCAGUUUAGUUUCUUGCUGGGCUGCAUGUA